AUGUCGGAAGAGGAUGAAUGUCGAGCCGCUACCAAGUCUGUGAAGAGCCCCUUGGGAUUGGACCUGAUCCUAGAACACACUGAGCCCCUACUUUCCGAAUACCACUUCCUGCCUCUACAAGAGAUCAAUGAGGAGCCCCAAGACUGUCUGCCACUGGGAACCUGCUUGAUCCAAGAUGGAAGCCCAUCUCUGGAUGGAUGUGUCCAGUUGGAAAGAAAAUGGGUGCUAUGGCAUGAGUUCAUGAAGGAGUACUCCUCUCUCAGCGAUUGGCUCCGAUUGGCUGAGAAGGCUGCCGACUCCCCCAGAUCUGCCCAUGUGCUCUUUGUCACUGCCAAGGAGGAGCUCGAGAAGUUUGAGAGCCUGAGGACCCAGGCUGGGGCUCGGCUGGUGCAGCUGGACAGUCUGACUCUUAGGAACAGGACCCUGACCAGGCUCUUUGAUGGGGCCAUGUGGUCACGCCUGCUGGGCAUGGCCAGGGACUGUGGUCAGCGCUGGGACCGCCUACAUGGGACCAUUGAGAGUGUUUGCCGCAGACUCAAGCACCGUGUGUCCCAGCGGGAGGAGUUUGAGGGCCAGAGGGAAGAGAUGGCUGUGUGGCUUGCUGACAUGGACCUUAGGCUGACUGAGGUGGAACACUUCUGUGGAAGGGACACCUGUGACAAGAUGCGGGAGCUGCAGAGCUUCCAGGAGGCGGUGGGGGAGACUGCGGGGUGUCUGAACGGUCUCCUGGAGCGGGGCGAGGCGCUGAUCCAGAAGAGCGAGCCAGAGGACGCCCAAGACAUCGAGGCGGGGCUGCAGGAGCUGCUGCUCUACUGUGCCCACGUAUUUGAGGGAGUGGGCCGUCUGCACACACGCCUACUCAGCAUGAGACUGGUGUUUGAGGAUGACUGUGUACUGACUCAAGCCUCUGACUCCGGCUGUCCGUCUGAUGUCCUGUUGGAGCAGGAUGGUGUUUUUGAGAAGAGCAGCGCCCCAGACCAGCAGAACCCCCCCAACCUGGAUCACAUGGUGCUGGAGUGGGACCCCUCCGUCGACAUCGGGGGCCCAGUCUCCCAAUCCGACGCCGACUUGUCAUAUUUCAGUGCCAACACAGAUCGAGAAAAGCCACUGGCCAGAGAUGGUGUAAAGAGGCAGAGUUACCUCAGCUCCAUAGGCUCUCUGUCUGAUAUAAAUUACAGAGCAGCAGAGGAAAUGAGGCCGGAGAGGAGGUUUGAGUAUGCAGGCCCAGUGGUGUUCUCACCUCCCACGAUCCAGAGUGUCAGAGAUGGCAAACCUCUACUCUCUGGCCACUGGACGACCUCCAUGCCCGACGGACCCUCCCAGGAGCCUGUGAACUUUGACCCUGAUCGCAUCAGCGCCUGGCUGGGACAGACGCACGGACACACCGUCCCCUCUAUAGCCCCCUCGGUCCAACAGCACAGAGCCUGCUCCAAGGUUGUCCAGACCGACAGUACUUGGAAGUGUGCUGGUUGCUCUGAGGGAAGCCACAGUCUCAGGUACAUCCCUGUUCAGACACGCCCCCAGGAGCUGUGUUUGACCCCCUACACCUUACAGUCAUGUGACCUCCAGCUCAAGUCUGAUAGGAUGGCUCAAUUAAACCCACAGUCUCCAGAGGAAGAGCCACACUGCAAUGCCUCAUGGGAGGUGGUCCAUAGUGAGCAACGGCCAGAUGAGUGCCCUAACAGACAAACCAAGUUCCGCAUGUGGCCCCUGGGGGCCGUGUGGGUACUAAAGACUCUGAGGAGCCCAGUGUUCCUGGUCGUCCUGCUGGCUGUGUUCCUAGCCCUGCUGGUCUGGCCCACAACACUCCUCAUGGACCCAGAGUGCCACCGCUCCAACUCCCUGGCCCGCUCCUUCCAACUGGCCCUGAGCUACGUCGAUGGGCCCCCGCCAACCUGA